UUUAAUUUUCCUUUUUCAUUUUUCACAGAUGGAGGCCAAAGUGAAGGAAGAGAUGCCUGACAAAGACUACACGCAGCCUACGAGCACAGACAGGCGAAAAUCGGCGCUCUCCUCCACCGAGUCCCUUUCGCCUCCGCUGUCGGAAGCGUCCCGUGCGCCCGCCCUGCAGCGCUUGCGCCGCUUCCUGUCAGCGCUGCAGCAGUUCGCUGCCGACGUAGGCGCGGACGCGGGAGAGAGGGUGCGACAGCUGAUUUAUAACUUGGUGUCAGGGACGCUGAACAUCGAGGAGUUUCAAGCGGGAGUGCAGGAGAGCACCAACUACCCUCUCCGCGCGUCAGUCCCGGGCUUCCUCCGCGCUCUCCUGCCGCUUGCACAGAGGGACUUACAUGCACGAGCACGGAGAGCUAAACAGACCCCCCUCCAGUACAUCAGGUCGCACGAGCACCUCAUCUUAGAAUCUGGCGGCGACGGCAGCGACAUCUUCGCGACGCCCCAGCCUGCCGGCGAGACCCUGAAGCGAAGAGCCAGUGAACCGUUCUACGACGCCCAAACCAACGGGUCGCACGAGGACUACGCCCCCAUGGCGAAGCGGCCGCCCCCCUCCAGUUUGUUCCUAAACCCCUCCCCCUUCCUCUGUCCCCUGCCAAGCAACGCCAGUCUGUUCGACUAUGCGCCCCCUUACCACGCGUACCAUACUCAAGGGGAGAGCGCAUUUGAGCGGAGAGAUGGAGGCAUAUCAGUCCGCGACGUGUCAUCAAUGAACGCGUCAUUCUCCGAGCCCCGCUCGCUCGCAGCGCCCCCUGGUGGUAAAGGGGAUGACGAGUGGAAGAACAUCAACACCAUGCUCAAUUGUAUUUUAAGCAUGGUGGAGAAGACGAAACGAGCGCUGGCAAUACUGCAGCAGAGAGGUGUAGAACCAACAGAAAGCAACGACAUUAAAAGGGCCGCCAGCGAGAUCAUGGCGGCGGCCGUGCGCCAGACGGAGGAGCGCGUGGCCGAGGUGCGCCGACGCGCCGAGGACGCCGUCAAUCAGGUGAAACGCCAAGCCCUGGUGGAGCUUCAACGAGCGGUGGGGGCCGCCGAAGCUAAAGCCUUGGAGCUGGUGGCAGCCGAGAGGAACAAGGUGGAGAGACACCGCCACAGCCCGCCGCCGGGGAGAGACCUCAGUCCCAGCGCCGCUGCUCAGCAGAACUGUUGCUGGAACUGCGGGCGCAAGGCGCAGGAGACGUGCUCGGGUUGCAACGCGGCGCGCUACUGCGGCGCCUUCUGCCAGCACAAAGACUGGGAGAACCACCACCAGGUCUGCAGCGGAAGAGACCAGAAACCGACAGCGCUGCUCCGAACCUCCCCCCCAGUCCCACCCACCACCCUCGCCAAAACCCUCACCCGUUCCACCACCCCCAUAGCUUCUGCCACCACCAACCCCCCCGCCACAACCGGAUCAGACCGCCCGGAUAACCGGUUAUCGCUCAGCUCCCUCAACUCAGCCGAACGCUUGUUAACCACCAACCAAGAACGGACCUUAUCCUCGACCAAUAGCGACCGGAUUGCUCUGGCAACGCUGUCCAGUGCUCAGGGGCUCAUAGGGGGGAUCGGAGGGAAGAAAUGACGCCUCAAUAAAGAACCCCUAGCUUGUAACUCCGUCAGGUUUCCGAGGAAAGUUAGGAGGUAAUUUACUAGUCUGAUGUUGGACGUUGGUCCUAAUAAUUUGUUUAGUAUAAUCAAACCAAUGCAAUUAUAGGUGUUCGUUAAUGAUAAUUGUGUACUUCUAUAGCUUCAACCACAUCGCCAUCGCCGGCGCGAUCAAAGGCCAAUGACAGGCCGCGCGAUCCAUGACAGUUCACGCGACCUGUCAUUUCCCUAUGAUCGCGCCGUGAUCGCGCCGGCUAUAGCGAUCAGUGCGUUGAUGUGGUUGAAGCAUAGUUCAAGUCUGUAAAUUUCCAUUGUUGAUAGACGAAAUGACGAUUCCUAAAUCCUAUUGCUAAUAGGGAUGUUUCCUGGGUCAAAAAGCAAGAGUUUUAAUUAGUCCGUCAGUUAACUUAUCAAAAAAUACUCUACACGUAUUUUUCACUUUUUCAAACUAAUGAAAAUUUAAAGAGAUAAAGCGCGCCAAAGUUCAUAAGAAGAGGCCCGUGACGUCAAUGCUUGCAUAAAAGUGCCGCACGUUGUGACGUCGUGCGGAACUUCAACGCACCAUAACUAUGUAAUUAUUUGU